GCACGUCGACUGAUAUGGGCAUCGGACAGGAGCACAUAGACACGUUAUUGUAAUUUAAUUUAAUCAAGGAAACCGUUAUUCAGACAGUUUUUGUUUAUUUAUUUUUACAGCGGUAUUUAAAAAAGAUAUUUAUAUAACCCCUCCCAACCCUAUGUUUCGUUGCGCUACGUCAUCAACCAGUUCCAGGAGGAUCUGGGGUGCCUCACAGCUGCUACCUCCUCAACAGCUAUCGAGUAAAAACAAAGCGCCCCCGUGUUAUAAAAGCGGCAGUCAGCUAGGCUAUAUACUUGUGGCGGCCGUUUGUCUGAAUGUAUGAAGAGAAAGUAGCACACUUUUUGCACUGACGAGCUUUUUGUAUGCAACCCACCUUAGUUACCAACCAUGUCCGACGCUAGUGACACUGCUACACACAACAACCAAGACUCCGGGCUCAACGCGUCUUGGGUGGAGUUGGAGAUGAACAGAGGCACCGCAGGGUCACCCCAGUCAUCGUCCACAGUUAGCCCCUCUGCAGGACUGCUGCCCCUUCCUCAGGUGGAGGAAGAGGAAGCCAUGGUGGGGGCGCUGGAGCACGUGCCAUCCUCAUCCUCGAUUCACAAUGGCGACAUGGAAAGGAUCCUGUUGGAUGCCCAGCACGAGUCGAGCCGUAGCAACUCCUCCUGUGAUAGUCCUCCACUGCCUCACACUCCCCAGGAUGAAGGGCAGAUCAUCUUCGACGUGGACGUGACUGGCAGGAGAGACAGUCAAACAGAAGAGGACGUCUUGGACAAGGAGAGGGACAUGGACAUCCUGAUGAAGGACGCAGAUUGGGUUGCCGACUGGUCUAGUCGACCGGAAAACAUUCCUCCUAAGGAGUUUCAUUUCUGUCACCCUCGACGCUCCGUGACGCUCAGCAUGAGGAAGACGGGUGCCAUGAAAAAAGGAGGCUUCUUCUCUGCAGAGUUCCUCAAAGUCUUCAUCCCAUCGCUGCUGAUUUCACACAUCCUCGCCCUGGGACUCGGAGUGUACAUCGGCAAGAGGUUGACCACACCCCCCACCAGCUCCUUCUGAAGCUGAACCCGAAGAAAAGUGCCUGAGAAGUAGCCUGGAGCCAGAGAAAGUAUUGCUGUCAUAAGGAGAAGAGUUUCUCCUCCCUCUAUCCUGCUUGCCUCUGCCUCCUCCUUUUCCUCCUCUUUGCCGAGAUAUGACAUGUUCUCGGUAAUACUUAUCAUCACCCUCCCCUUUUUCUUGAUGGGCUUUCCUCACAGUAGACACCCCAUCCACUCGUAUCACUCAUUUGUAAAAGCUUCUCAAAGAGUUCAUAAGGCCUUUUACUUUCUCCUCUUAGGUACAUUUUUUCAAUUGAGGGUCACAGCAUUGAAACCAAACUCUUCUGUCCACUUUUAACCCCAGAUUGUGAAAACCACAAGUUAAAAGUGAAGAUGCCUUUAUGAAAGCAGCCCGGUUGCUCUUUCUUUGCUUCUUACUUCAAUGUAUUUUACCGCUGGAACUGUUAAGUGUAGACUGGGCAUCCCCUAGCGUGAGGAAUUGGUGUUUGUCAUGCUGUGACAGCAAGAUGAAACAAAGAUGUGAAGAAGUACAGUCGGAAUGUUGACGAGUCUCGUGCAAGCUGCAUGCGCAACAACAGUAUUUCAAGGUCGGGUCUUGGGUGACGGUGUUGUGGGGUCCAGAAAGGAUCAGACGGCAUGUUAAUGUUUUUUUUGUUUUUUUUUAGUGCAACUUGACCCUCUUUGUUUGUCUGCAACAUAUCGAAAACUGGGUUCCCUUUUGUGGCGAUUUUAAGUUAACUUAAAUCCUGAAAAAUUUGGAAUGUGAAGAAUUAGUUAAGGUUUUUCCAAAUGUUAUUUUACACGGCACACCACCAAGUGUGCCAUAACCUAUUCAGGUUCUUUUUGUACCUUCUGCUAUCUAGUGGAAGAGCAUUUAAAUCUUCCCGUCGUCAUUUUUCGCUAAAUUAGCAGGACUACUUGAGUUUGGACAGGAGUUUAAUGGCGGUCCUCAAUUUUGUGCAUACUAGUUCUUUGACAGGGGGUUGAGCACUUGCAAUUCUUUGCAAAAACACAAGGGGGAGGUGUUUCCUUGAGAGUGAAUGACCACAACUUUGGUUGACUAGCUGUUUAGCUUCCUGUGUUGGAGGCGUCUGUGUCUGCAGUUCCUCAAUUUUGGUGGACUUGGUAAUCCCGCACUAAAAAAAAAAAGGCCUGCAUCGCCAUUGACACAAGGUAAGACAGCCUAUGACUUUUCAUUGAUAUCACCGACGUAACGCGUGAUUGCAGACACGGAACUGACACGUUCAGCAGUAUAGCACACUGAAGAAAAGUUCUGUUGUACGGUUUCACAGCACAAUUGAGCUCGUCUGCAUGACGUGAAAGAAAAAGUUAAAUUAAUUGUUCCAUGUCCGGUUUGGUCAGGUUGACAAACGAAAGGAGGUAACACUCUUUACUGCCCCUUUCUUCAAUAACUCAUACUCCGAGCAGUCGUAUAAAAUGCCAAAUCUGUAAUGUAUGGAAAUGCAGUGUUAAUAAAUUGUGAGCUUUUGUGAAGUUCAGUACAAUUGGAAGCAAUGACCCAGCAGGUCAAUUCUUACCAUUUGUACCAAACCAAAAGAAGAAAACUUAAUAGCUUGGUGAUUUUCACCCCCCCCCCCCCAAAUGUGACUACUCUACUAUUCUUAUAUGAGACAUUUGUGCUCCUGUUUAAAAUGUGCGGCUUUCAGAAAGCUGAUUUGGUUUUGACUUUUCCUCCUUUUGUGUAAAGGUGAUUGCGAUCACGCAGAGCAGCAGGAUUCGCGUUGUUCCAAAGUAAAGCCUGUUUUGUUAAUUAAUAAUUGGUCCUAAUCGUACUUAUUGUCAUGCAUUUGCUUGAUUUUUUUUCUUUUCCUAUUGCAUUCAACAAAUGAUAAACCUUUUUGUCAUUAAAGAUAACCUGAAUGAUUA